AUGACAUCCUCUUCAAAGACUGAUUAAAUUUACCUGAUGACACUUUUCAAAGAAAUCAAAACUUCCCUCUUUAAGUAAGUGAUUAUUUAAUGAUAGAGUGUUUUGCUUGAUUUUAAAAGAACAAGAAUAAACAUUUACUUAAACUGUGUUGUUGUCAACAAUUUAGUUGCUCUAAUUACUUUAUAUUCCUUUUGCUCUUAAAAUUAAGUACAUUUGGAAAAAUAAUUAGGUAACUGAUGUAAUCAAUAAAAUAUUAAGGUAUAGAAAUGUUAUAUAUUUCAGUUAUUUUGAAAUAUUGUUGCAUGUAAAAGAUCAAGGUUUUUCAGUAUUUUUAUAUUUGUUUUAUUCAUUUUCUGGAUUGAUUGUCUUAAUUAUGUUAGGAUUAACUUUAUUAGUGAAUUAAUAAAACAGGAAAAAUAGUACAAAUUGGAUAGUGUUAGUUGUUAGAAUAAGUAUAAAAUUAAUGAUUACAAUCUUAUUUUUUCCUAUAAAUUAAAUCUUCUUUGGAGUAUUUAUUAUUAACCUAAUUUCAUAGUUAUUAGCAUGUACAAACAAUUCAAAUGGUAUAAGUGUAUUAGUUUAUUAAACUAAUAUAAUAUGUUGGUCAGAUGAACAUACAAUUCAUGCAGUGUUAUCAAUCUUUAUUAUAUUAUUAUUCUAGAUUCAAAUAAAUACAUUUACCUUAUUCUUAUUUGAAGCCAAAAAAUCAAAUACAGAUGUAUUUGCAUAAAGAUCUGGUAGAUAAUUUUCAUUAUUUCAUAUAUACAUAACAUUAUCAACUAUGGUUUAUUAAUUAGUAGAAACACCUGCCUAUAGUAUAAUCAUAAUUUUGACAAUGUUUGUAUUGAGUCUACACUUUUUUUAUCAAAUAAAAUAUUCUGCACCAUUCUAUAAUUAAUAUGUUUAGAAAUUAUGGAAUGUGAUAACUGCAAUAAAUUGUUGGACUACUUUAAUGAUCAAUUUUUCCUUUUUCUUAGAAGGACCUUAUUUUUAGAAUUCUCUUCUAGGUUAUGCCUUAGGAAUACCAAUACUAAUAGGAAUAAUAUUUAAAUAAUAAGAUUAGGAAAUAGAUCUAUUAUUUUCUAAUCUUAAUUAAGCAUAAUAACCUAAUGAAUUGAUAUCCUUAUGUGGAUAUCUUCUAACAUUAAAUGAGAAAUCAAUUAAGGAUCAACAUUCUUAAUUAUUAUUGGAUGCAUUUUUAGAAAUACAUGAAUAGACAUGUCCAAGAUUAGAUUGUAUAAUGAAGAAUAAAUAGUUAUUGAGAUAAAUUUAAAAUAAACAUUAAAAUAGACAAAUAGAAAAUAAAAUUAUUAUUAAUGAAUUAAUAAUUUAAAUGCUUACAUUUGGAAUCAAGAUGUAACCUUUAAAUAUAGAUUUACGUCUUUAUUAUUCCUUUUUUUUAAUUGAUGAAAUUAAAUCUCCAUAAUUGGCAUUUAUUGAAUUAUCUUAAGCAGAAAAUAAUUCAAUCCCAAUAGAUUAAUAAUUUAUUAUUUAUAGAUAUAAGAAACUUAUUGAAGAUGUUUAAGUUGAAAAUGAUGUUACUAAAUUAGAUACUAAUAAUUUUAUCAAUAAUUAAAAUAUCUAGAUAUCUUUAAAUUAAAAAUUAGAAGCCUAAUGUAUUUUGUAAUUAGAAUUUUUGGCUGCUUUGGAAGAUGAAAAGCCAGAUCUUGCUAAAAUAGAUAGUGUUGGAUUUAAAAUAUUAAGAUUAAAAAAAUUUAUUGAUAAAGAAUGGUAAAAGGUUUAAUAAUAGAAUGUAUAUUCACCAACUUUAUUCAAAAUGAUGAGUAAAUACUUCUUCUUUGUUCUUAGUGAUGAAUAUGAAGGUAAUAUGACAUUGAUGAAGUAAGAUAAAUUUAUUAAACUUUAAAUAAAUGAUCUUAUUAAUUUAGAAUAGGCAUCUAUUGAAUCAUCUCCAAUAAUUAUUUUAAACACUGAAUAAAAUAAUUUUGGUAUAAUAAAAGAUGUGAAUAUAGCAUCUUGUAGUUUUUUAGGAUUUUCAAAAAGUGAUUUAAUUGAAAGAAAAUUAUCAGUUAUUCAACCAUAAAUGUAUUGAUUUUAAUUAAUUUUAGUUAUAUAAAUUAUCAUGAUUAAUUGAUUGAUAAUUAUUUAAAACGUAUUACUGAUAUUUAGAAAUCAAAGGUUGAAAAAGUCAUUUUCAUAAAAAAUAAAUAGGGAUAUAUUUAAUAAUGUUCAUUAUAAAUAAAAUAAUUAAUGACUUAAAAUUAAGAGGUAUUCUUAAUAGGGAAAAUAGGAAUAGAAUUAGUUUAUAAGCCAAUUUGUUAUUUGAUAUGUAAUACUGAUGGAAUAAUAAAAGAAAUUAAUUGUGCUUGUAUAAAACUUUUACGUUUAGAUAUUUAAAUGAUUAAAGCAAGUAAUAAAAAUAUUAAAGAUCUUUUUCCUGAUAUUAUGAGUAGAAUACCUGAAAUAUUAGGUAAAAAGAAUUCAAUCAUUUCUUUUAACAUAAAUUCAAAUUAAUUAAAUCCUCAAAGAUCAUCAUCUAUUAAAUCUUCAGGAAUGGAUAGUACUCUAUUAGAUGAUUGUGUUAUGGAUGAAUCUCUUAAAUUGUAAUGUUAAAUUUAAGAAAUCUAUAUUGAUCUACCAAAUGCUGGAUUAAUUGGUUAUGUUUUUAAGUUUGAGAAAAUCACUCCACCAUCAAUACCAACUAUACAUAAUACUAUGGUAGAUAAUUUUUAUAAAUUUAAUUUUAAAUUUAAUUCAUAAUUAGAUACUUAUUUUGGAUCUUAUUAAAAUUAUAUGUAAACUUUACAUAAAAUCAGUUAUGAUACUAGCUCUGUAGUUUCAUCUUAAGAAGAUUAAUAAUUAAGAUAAGUAAAUAGAAAAUAAACAAAAAAAUCAACUAGUAUAAGUAAUGGAAUUAAAACUGUUAGAUUAAUAAAUGGUAUGCUCAUUGAUGUUGAAGGACUUUCAGAAGAAGAGAUCUCUGAAAGUGAAUAAAAUGAAUUAGAAAAUAUUAAAUAAGAAACUAAAGAUUCAGAUAGUGUAAUAUAAUCAGAUUAUAUCUUUUUAAAGACUAAAUCUUCAUUAAUAUCAAUGAUAAAGAGUUCUAUUAUACCAUCAUUUCUUAAUUCUUUAAGGUAUCUUAUAUCAAUUUUAAUUGUUGGUUUACUAACACUUGGUUAUUUGCAAUUUUUUUUUGAUAUAAACUAUUAAGAUAAAAUAAAAAAUGGAUUGGAUCUAUUUUAUUAAAGUAAUUAAAGAUUAUCAAAAAUUCUUAUUGUACAAUCUUAUAUAUAAGAAUUAAAGUUUAUGAAUUUAAAAUAUGAAAAUUUGACAUCAAAUUAUAAUUUUGAUGAAUUAAAAGAAGCUAACAUAAAGAUCUUAAAUGAGAUUACUAAUUUAUAAUCAAAAUUAAGUUAAGCCAGUUUUGAUUUAGCUCCUUAAUAUAUCUCUUAUUAAUAAGAAUAUGAAGACUCAGCUAUUGAAAUGACAUAAUCAAAUGUAGUUAUCAAUUAUACUUUUAAUGAAGCAAUCGAAUAAACUUUAGUCAAAGCUCUUUCAUUAUCACAAUAAGAUCUUUCAUCGUACACAGAUGAUAAUGUUGAUCUCAAUUAUUUUGAAACUAAUUCUUAUAAUUCAAUAGUCUAUCAUAAUUAUGUUGCUUAAUUCUAUUAUUAUUACUACAUGGUUACCGUAUUAGAGGAGAAAUCAUAAAAUGUGCAAAUAAUUCUCAUUUUAGUUACUCUUAUAUUAUUUAUAAUGUAAUAUAUAUUACACCUAUUAAUUUUAGUUAUGUUGCAUGUUCAAUUUUGAUAUUGAAAAUAAAAAAUCUUAGAGAUAGUAUCCUAGUUCUAUUAUUAUAGGUAUAGGAGUAAUAAAUAAUUACUUUGAAGAAAAACUAUGAAUACUUUUUAUAACUAAUUUAGAGUAAAGAAGAUGAAGAAGUAUAAUUUAAUAUUUUAAUGAUUAGAAUUUAGAUUAUGAAGAAGAAUUGAGGAAGCCAAUCUAAUAUCAAGAAGAAGGUGCUUAGGAUUCUUUGAAGACAAAUGAUAAUGAUGAGGCUUAAUUUCUAAUUAAAAAGAAGAGGAAAAAGUUUGAAAAUAGUCAUACAAUUUUAAGGAAUAUACUAGUAUCCAUAAUAUUUAUUAUUGCAAUAUUUUAGGCAUACUUUAUUUAUCUUAUAAUUGACAAUAAUGUAUAAUUUAAUAAUUAUGAAAGACUCUUGAUUCAAGAUAUAAUGCUAUCUUACCAGUUUUAAAUUUAACUUCAAUUAUAGAAUCAUAUUUAAGAUUUGGAGAUAAUUCUUUUAAAUAGAAAUAUGUAGACAAUGAUUUUCUUAUUAAUUUUGGUAAUUUCAACUCUUAAGAUUAUAUACAAAUUUUAAAGAACAUGGUAUCAGAUAUUCACAAAUAGCAUUCUGAAAACUCAAAUGUAUUAGAUAUUGGUUAUGUUGGUAUAUUUGAGCAAAUCUUUAUUUUAAAUCCUUGUAAUUUGAUUAAAGACAUUGAUUCAAGUGUUUCAUUAAAUGAAUGCGAAAGUUUUAAUGAUGGAAUAAUAAAUUAAGGAUUAUCUAUGGCAACCAUUAAAUAUAUUAAAUAUUUGGAAUAGGCACUUAAAAAUCCAAUGUAUUUUACAAAUAUUAGGAAGACUUAAUUAACUUAUUUUAAAGAUUCUUUCUAAUACUUAGGAGAUAAAUUAAUUGAAUCUAUAUCUAAUGAUUUUUCAGUUAAUUAAUUGACUAAAGUAUCCUUAUUUACUGUAUUUAAUUUGUUAAUGCUUUUUGUUUAUUUUUUUAUAUGGAUACCUUUGAUAAGGAAUUUAAUUCAAUCAAUAAUAAAAACUCGAUUGCUAUUUUCAUUAAUCCCAAAUAAUGAUUUGCUUAAGUAUUCAAUUUUAAACUAUGUAGAAUAAAAGCUAUCAUACAAUAUUUAUUAUAAAUAAGAAAUCCUAUGUGA